UGACGAUCAUGUUGCAUGACGUCGAGGCACUUGGCAGAUUUAUUGGCGGAGCUGUUGGCGGUGGAUAGGGCUGCGCUGUACACAGCGGCACUUGGUGUGUGGGAUCACGGCGGUGUUAAGAUCGCAGCAGUUUUGCAGCGAUGUUUGCACCCCACUUCACGUAGGACGCAGGACACACAGCUGGCUGCAUAUGUUUUUCUUCUUCUCGGGUGUACCUUGUUUCCGGAUAAGAGCGGAAACAAGCUCAGGCCACGCGACAUAGUUGACGCGUGUGAGCCCGACAGAGUAGGCCAGUUUUCUUGGGGGUCGGCUACAUUAGCGUACAUGUAUCGCCAGUUAGGAUUCUCGAGCCGGGCUGAUGCGGCAGGUAUCACUGGAUGUAUGAAGUUGUUACAGACGUGGAUAUACGAGUAUUUCCCGGCGUUUCGACCACACCGCGACCCGGUUCCUAUUGGGGAUGGCCAGCCACGUGCCUGUGCGUGGAGUCCGCGUGUCGAGAAGAAGUCCAUUGACCGCCUGCGAUCGAUACGGUUAUUGCUUGACAGGAUGUCCCCAUUAGAGGUGAACUGGAUGCCUUUCGGCCAGAACCCUAGUAAUAGGGUACCCAGGACCCUCUACACGGGACUGAUUCAGUAUCGUGAGAUCGUAGAGGCGUACAUGCCGCAGCGCUGUCUUCGCCAGCUUGGAUAUGUCCAAGUUGUUCCUCCUCCACCAGCAUGGCCCAGUAAGGCCGUCCGAUCUGCGUCGUUGAAGGAGUACGUCGUCCAAUGGCCGGCAAGCAUGAUUGGCACGUGGGAGCAGUUUCCGAUGGUUGCCCGCAUAUGGAUUGAGCAGUUGCAGCGGCCGCCAACUGGGGUGGCUGCCAUGUGUGACCAGCACUACAUGGAGUGGUACAACCGGCACUCGCACCCGAGGUUGAUCAGAGACGUCCACCACGGCGACGACGCCGAUGAUGAUGAUGUGCCACCGCCCACUGCCGUGGAUGCGUGGAUGGGAAAGAUGACGCAGUUGGGACACAGACUUUUUGAGGAGAGGGACAACAUGACGACUGCAACAGGCAGAGCUGUUAUUGAUGAACUGGAACGGGCCCUUGAGCAGUGGCAGUGGGCGUCACAGAGAGAUUAUUGAUAUGUCGGCAGUGCAUUUAUAAAACAUUUUCCUAGUUGUUUGUAAAAGUUAACAUUAUCUGUUCUUAUAAUUAUUAUUUUAAGUUCUUAGAAUUUGACAUUAUAUUUUUAGUUUUUAUAACUUUUAUUUUAAGUUGUAAUUAGUGGGCAUACGAAAACUAAAUACAGGUUCACAUUUAAAUGGGAAAACUAAAUACGAAAAUUAGAA